GAUUACUACAAGUAGCACUGGUGCAGUGCCUUACCUCACCUGGCACUAUCAUCGCUAUAUUGCCCACCCUCUCACUCGUCGCUUCCUUCUUUUCAGCGGCAUAAAAGCGACGUAAAACCCCACGGCGAAAAGCGCUCACGCAAUUGCAGACCCCGCUUCAAACCUCGAUAACUUGUUCUAGAAAGCGAAAUCCGAGAAGCACAUUCACCACCACCACCACCACCAGACCACACCCAUGGCAGGCCCCCCCUCGCCCGGCGGCGAAGGGCCAACUUUCGCACCUCCGCCGCUCCCGCCCGGAUGGAUCGCGCAGUGGGACGCCUCGUCCAAGAAAUACUACUUCGUCCAGCUCUCGACAGGCGUGUCACAAUGGGAGACACCCACCGAAGCAGCGCCGGCCGGCGGCACGCCCGCCGCGCGGACUGAUCACCCUUACGGUUUGCCGAACCAAGAAAACGAGAGUGCCGAAAUCAUCGUUCAUCCGGACGGCACCCAAACCGCUAGGUACCCCGAUGGCCGCCUCGAGCCUGUGCAUCCUCGAGAAGACGGCGGCUAUGGGGAAGGCACGAGAGGUAUCGGCGGGGGAGACAGUGAUCGGGGUCUCGGGUCAUUUUUAGGCAGCACUCUUAGCUCGCUCAACGGUAAACAAAGCGGUGGUGGAUCUCACGGAGGCGGCAGCGGCCUCGGCGGCAUUGCCGGGCAGGUGGUGACGGGGCUGUUGUCCCCUGGUUCGAGCGGCGGCCACGGUGGCAGCCACAGCAGUAGCGGCGGCAUCGGUGGAAAGCUUGCCUCACAACUGGCUUCCAACCUGUUUUCAUCCGGAAGCAAGCCGUCAUCUCAGCCCCAAAACUACCACGGCGGCCAGUCGUCUGGACAUUCUUCCUCCGGCGGUUUGGGAGGCAUCGUCGGAGGGGUUGCCAACAUGCUCGGCGGCAGACCCCACGGCUCGAGCCACAACAACUUUGGCUACUCCAACACGGGGCAAACAGGCGGCUAUAGCGGACCCGAACCACCCAUCUCGUACCAGGCGCCGUCGCAACCCGGGACCACUCCGUCCUUCUAUGGCACCGCGUCCUCUUACCAUGCUCCGGCCCAGCACCAGACGCCGCAUUCACAAUAUACUCCGUCUUACGGCUCUUCCGCCGGCCACCACCAACAACAGCCAUCACAUGCCCAAGGCUAUGCCUCCCCCCAUCAGAGCCAGCCGCAGCAGCCGUACGGCCAACCCUCUUAUGGCGCGCCGCCCCCCGUUCCGGCGCCCUACGGCCGGCCACACUAUAGCCAACCCCAUUACGCCAGCGGCGCCGGCUACUCACCCUACCCGCCGCAGCCACAGUACGCUACGGGCCAACACCACCACGGAUACGGAGCAGGCAGUAGCAGCAGCCAUUAUCACUAGGAGAGUAACCAGGGAGCCGAGCAGUACCAGCCUCGUCAUUUGUUACCCCAAUGGCCAUGGUCGUGGCAGGGACCGGGACCGGUGCCGAUGCCGGGGCCCGAAGGGCCACCGCGACGGGGCGGGGUGUUGGUCUGGGAAGGGGACCGCUUAAUGAUGAGACCGGGGUCGCCCCAACCAGCGGAGAAGAAUCGGAGGAGGCAGAGGAGGCAGAGGGGGCAGAGGAUACCGCCCCGAGCGGUGACCGCGGAGGAGAGGGCGGCUGUGAAUGAGGUGCGGAAGCUUGUAGCUCGGUAUCGGAUAGUGACGUGGCAGGGGUGGCCGGACAGGAAAGGUGAUCUUUAUUAGAGACGAGUUCGCUGCGUAGCACACAUGGACGAGUGCUGGCAGGAAGACGGCGAUCGGCAUCAUGAACUUCGUGGCAACCACGAGUCGGUUGGUGAUGAGGGAUGUGGGCAAGCCGGAUCCAUCCAGCAGGUCAAAAGUGAAGAAGAAGGUGUGAGUGGAAGAGAGGGUAGAAGAAGGGCAGGAGGGGACGGGAUAGGUGUACAAGAUCUGGAGGUGGUGGAUCAGAAUCCAAAACACGGCGCCAGUUCGGGUAACGCAAUUGGACAUGACGAAGAUGAGCAGCGCCGGAGGGUUCGACGCGGCGAAG